AUGACGCAGGAGCAGGUGGUCCAUGUGCCGAAGGUGAUUCAGCAGGAACGCGCCCACCACUUCCACGUCGAGGAGAUUGUGGAUGUCCCGGUGGAGCAGCGCGUCGAGCAAAUCGUGCAUGUUCCGAAGGUCCAGAAGGUUGAGAAAAUCGUCCACAACCCUGUCGACCUCGAGGUCGAAGUGCCUCGUCCGGUGGUCAUCGAGAAGACGGUCCAGGUGCCCACCGUGCACGUCGAGGAGAAGGUGAUCAAGGUGCCGAAGGUGCUGAACACAGUGGUGGACACCGUGGUUCAAAACACCGUGGAAACCGUGGAAGUCGUGAAGCCGGUGGUGGUUCACAAGGUGGUCCAGCGCAAGAAGCCCAUCGUGCAGGAGGACAUCGUGCAGAUUCCGAAGGUGAUGGUGCAGCACGUUCCGGUCCAGAAGGUCGUUGAGAAGCAGGUGUCGGUGCCUGUGAUGCAGGAGGUUGAGCAGAUCGUCGAUGUGCCCGUUGUGAAACACAGGCAGGUGCCAAUGGUCCAGAAAGUCGAGAAGCAGAUUCAGGUGCCUCAGGUGGAGUACACCGACCACCACAUCGAAGUCCCCGUUCACAAGCAGGUGCACGUGCCCAUGAUCCAGACGAUCACGAAAGAGGUGGAGGUGCCACAGGUGGUCUUUGAGGAGGAGGUCGUGCAGGUCCCUAUCCAGAAGCAGGUGCACGUCCCGGUGGUGCAGAAGGUCCAGAAGACUGUCGAGGUUCCUCAGGUCCAGUACGAGGACCAGGUGGUGCAGGUACCCAUCCAGACGCAGGUACAGGUGCCCAUCGUCCAGAAGGUUCAGAAAACCGUGGAGGUGCCCCAGAUCCAGUAUGAGGACCAGAUCGUGGAGGUACCUGUGCAGAAGCAGGUGCAGAUCCCAAUGGUGCAGACCGUUCAGAGGCAGAUCGAGGUUCCGCAACUCCAGUAUGAGGACCAGGUCGUCGAGGUGCCAGUCCAGAAGCAGGUGCAGAUCCCCAUGGUCCAAACUGUGCAGAGGCAGGUGGAAGUGCCGCAGAUCCAGUACGAGGACCAGGUCGUGGAGGUGCCCGUCCAGAAGCAGGUGCAGAUCCCCAUG